UAAAAAAAAAGAAUUUCUCUAAAUGAAAUCCUUACUUUUUGUAUUGCCUUAUUUUUCCCAUCACUUGUUCUUGUUGCUACUUUUUCAUUUUACUUCCAAAUCUUUCUCACUAUGUAACCCCCAUGAUAGCUCUGCAUUGUUACAAUUCAAGAACUCACUUAAACACGAAGAUUGGUCUGGAUCUUACUUCCAGCAAUCUGCAAGGUGAGUUACAUCCCAAUAGCACUCUCUUCAAACUUAGACACCUUCAACAACUCAACUUGGCUUUUAAUUAUUUUUCCUUCUCUUCAUUACCCGUAAGUAUUGGCGAUCUAGUCAGUCUCACACAUCUAAAUCUAUCAAAUUGUCUCCUUGGAGCUGAUAUUCCUUCACAAAUCUCUCAUUUAUCAAAAUUAGUAUCACUUGAUCUUAGUAGAAAUUCUGUCAUGGAUCUCAAUCCCUUGACAUGGAAGAAAUUCAUUCAUAAUGCUACUAAUUUAGGUGAGCUUAAUCUUGAUUAUGUGGAUAUGAGUUCAAUAGAAGUGAGCUCUUUGUCUAUGCUAAAGAAUUUAUCAUCCUCUUUGGUUUCUCUUAGUCUAAGAGGCACUGGGUUGCAAGGAUAUUUGUCAAGUGACAUUCUCACAUUACCUAAUCUUCAAACACUCGAUUUGUCAUUUAACAAAUAUCUUAGUGCUCAACUUCCAAAGUCCAACUGGAGCAAUCCUCUUAGGUACUUGGACCUCUCCUACAGUACUUUCUCAGGUGAAAUUCCUUAUUCCAUAGGCCAGUUGAUGUCUCUUACACACUUGAACCUUGCUGGAAACAAUUUUGAGGGUGAGAUCCCAUCAUUACUUUCAAAACUUACAAACCUCAUUUCCUUAGAUCUUGGAUAUAAUAAAUUUAGCGGUAACAUUCCAAAUGUUUUUGAAAAUUUAAUCAAAUUAGAAUAUUUAGAUCUUUCCAGUAAUAAACUAGUUGGCCCAAUUCCAAGUAAAAUCGCAAAUCAUUCAAAAUUGUUCCGUCUCUAUUUAGGAGAUAACAUGUUAAAUGGAACAAUUCCACAUUGGUGUUAUUAUUUGCCUUCUUUGUUACAUUUGGACCUCCGUGACAAUCACCUCACAGGAUUCAUUGGUGACUUCUCAACUCAUUCAUUAGAAUCUUUGUCUCUCUCUAAUAACAACUUACAUGGUCAUUUUCCCAAUUCAAUAUUUAAACUCCAAAAUCUUACUCGCUUAGAUUUGUCAUCAACAAACUUGAGUGGUGUCGUGCAUUUUCACCAAUUUUCAACACUUAAAAAUCUAUAUUUCCUCAAUCUUUCGCACAACAGUGCUCUUUCUAUCAACAUUGAUGGCAAAGCUAAAACCCUCCCACCUCACUUUCAAUAUUUAUCAUCAACUAACGGUAAUCGUUUUCCUAAAUUCCUAGCACCACUACCCAAUUUAAUAAUAUUAGAUCUUUCAAAUAACAACAUUCAUGGGAGAAUUUCCAAAUGGUUUCAAAAGAAACUCUUAAACUCAUGCAAGUACAUUGAACACAUUGAUCUUAGUUUCAACAAGUUGCAAGGAGAUCUUCCAAUUCCACCCUAUGGCAUUCAAUACCUUUUACUCUCAAAUAACAACUUCACAGGAGACAUUGCUUUGUCAUUGUGCAAUGCAAGUUCCUUGACAGUUCUCAAUUUGGCUCACAACAAUUUAACAGGGACAGUACCAGAAUGUUUGGGAACAUUUCCUUUUCUUUCUAUGUUGGAUAUGCAAAUGAACAACUUCUAUGGAAGCAUUCCAAGAACCUUUUCCAAGGAAAAUCAUUUUGUGACAAUAAAGUUGAAUGACAAUCAAUUGGAAGGACCACUACCACGCUCUUUGGCUCAUUGCACAUUCCUUGAAAUUUUGGACCUUGGAGAUAACAAAAUAGGUGAUGCAUUUCCAAGUUGGCUUGAAACUCUACAAGAGUUACAAGUGCUCCGUCUACGAUCAAAUAAACUUCAUGGUAAAAUCACAUGUUCUAGCACUGAGCAUUCAUUCUCUAAGUUGAGAAUUUUUGACAUCUCUCAUAACCAUUUAAGUGGACCCUUGCCAACAUCAUGCAUCAAGAACUUUCAAGGAAUGAUGAAUUUGAAUGACAACAAAAGUGGUUUGCAAUACAUGGCUAAUGAGUAUAACAACGGUUACUAUUAUGAUUCGAUCGAGGUUGUAAUGAAAGGUUUUUCUAUGGAGCUAACGAGGAUAUUGACUACUUUCACGACAAUUGAUUUAUCAAACAACAUGUUUGAAGGAGAAAUUCCUCAUGAAAUUGGAGAAUUAAUUUCUCUAAUAGGACUCAACCUUUCAAACAAUGAAAUCACAGGCAAUAUUCCUCAAUCUUUGAGUAAUUUGAGAAAUUUAGAGUGGUUGGAUCUUUCAAAGAACCAAUUGAUAGGUGAAAUUCCUACAACUUUGACAAAUUUGACUUUCCUUUCUUUCUUAAAUCUUUCACAAAACCAUCUUGAGGGAAUCAUACCUAAAGGUAAACAGUUUGAUACAUUUGGAAAUAGUUCCUAUGAUGGAAAUGCAAUGUUAUGUGGAUUCCCGUUGUCUAAAUCAUGUGUAAAUGAGGAAGAUCAACCACCAAUGUCAACAUCAAAAGAUGAAGAAGAGGAAUCAGGAUUUGGAUGGAAAGCAGUAGCAACAGGAUAUGUGUGUGGGGCAAUAUUUGGAUUGUUGUUUGGGUAUAAUGUGUUCUUCCUUGGGAAACUCCAAUGGCUUGUAAGAUUUUUUGAACGUAUGUUUAACGUAAGACUUAAAAGAACACACAAGAGAGUCGGUGGAAAUCGCAGAUGAAUUAAUUAGUUUGAUGAAAUUGUUUUUAAAUAUAAUGAUAUGAAUUGUUUCAAGUUUGAACUUUUCUGUUUCAGUAAUGUAGCCCCGUCUCUUUUUAAGAAUUUAUUGUAUUUGAAAUCAUAAUCUCAGUUUAUGAAUAAAUAUUCAUUUAUAUUUGAA